AUCAAUGAUGUCCUCUGUUACAGGCGCUGCCAGCCAUAUUACAGCACUGAAAAAGAGCAUAUUUUUAAAUUUUAUGAUUUGUUUAUAAUACACUAGCAAAACAACGACAUUUAUAUGUGCACAGGGACCAGAAUAACAGAAAAAACAAAAUGCCUGUGUCAUUCCCAACGCGAAGCAAAUCGUGGAUGUCGGCAUUAAGGCUAUGCUUUGCAGGACUGGUCAUACUUAGCUUCGGACUACCUGCAUCCUCCAUGGAUGUUUUGGUGACUCACCAGCUCAACGUCUUAAAUGGCACCACGGUCAAGCUCUCCUGCACCUUCAGUUCCUGCUACAAGGUGGACAACAGUAAAUUUGCCAUGAACUGGACCUACCAGGAGACGCUGAAUGACACCGAGGAGAUGUUCAUGACCUACAAGCACCGGAUCAUUCCUUUGAGGAUGGAUAAGUUUAAAGACCGGGUCGAGUUCGCUGGGAACCUGGAGAGGAACGACGUGUCGGUCACCAUCUCUGACGUGGAGCUGUCCGACGAGGGGAUCUAUAACUGCUACGUGCGCAACCCCCCUGACCGACAGCAGGGUCACGGGAUCAUCAACCUGGUCGUCAUCACAGAGAUGCCUCCUCCACGGGACUCCACAAUCGCGGUCGCCAUCGGGGCGUCGAUCGGGGGCAUCCUGGCGGUGCUGAUCCUCUCCAUGGUGGUGGUGAAGUGCAUACGGCGCCAGCGUAAGCAGGAGCUCAUCUCCGACGAGCAGAAGAUGGAGGAGGAUGAGGUGAAGACGGACGCCGAGGAGCCGGCCGAUGAGAGCACAAAGUGAGGACCACCCGCUCUCCCUCUCCCCCUCACACGCGUAGCCAUACCGGGGUUAAGCUGUUUCCAAGAAACUCUCCAUGUCUUUCGAUCAUCAGUUACUGAGCAUCAUGAGGGCUGACAAAGUAUAUUAUUGAUCUAAUCUCAUCUUAUUUCCAUAAUGAAGAUAUUCAGUCAGUCCACUUCAACCAACACAGCCUUUUUUUCUGUGCAACCCAGGACAUGUAGAGGUGUGGUUUUAUGGACUGGAUUCAGCUUUACCCAACAGUCAUAAAAAUGGAUUGCUGUGUACAGUUUUCUGUGGUCAAUUUCAAAGUACCACACACAUUUGCAUACACUCCCCCAUAUACGCGUACACACGUACACACACACACACACACACACACACAUACACACACACACAAAUUCACACAUACAUGCACACUCAGUACUUCAAUUUAAAGAUUUAUGGGUGCAGAUCUGUAGAUUUCUCUGCUAAGUUUGGGGUUGUGGGGAAGAACUCUCAAACACAUGAAAGCAAAUUGUUGCCCAAGUUGACAUUUUGGGGGCAAAGAUUUCUUUUCUUACUUCAUAUCUCUGCAACUAACCCUACAUGUUUAGAUGUAUGUGGAUAAAGUGAAUCAAAACUAACCAUAGACAUUUAAAUGCCAGAAAUAGAAUGAUAAGAAAUAAAUGAUAAUAAAUAUUAGUAAUUAGUCUUACCAUUACUCUACAUUAAUAUAUCAUAGCCUUGAUCAGUGCCCUCCAUAUUUACUCAUACUCUUGACUGAACAGAAUAAAGAGCAAAGUCAUAUUGUUCACUUAUGAUGAAUUUUACUCCAAUACCCCAUACCCAUUCAUUAGUUUCUUUUCUUUUUUAAGUCUAAUUCUUUCUUUUAUUCAUGUACUCACUGGCUUCCUCAGAAGUGCAGUUGUCUUGGGAGUGAAUGGCAGUGCCAGUGCUUCACCAGUGAGACCAGUCAAGCGGUCACAGCCAUUUACAGGGGUUCCUGCUCCCUUCUCACUCCCUUUCUCUUUCUGGUGUCAGAUUGGAGGGCAGUUUCUCAGAAGCUGAUGGGAAACCUGAAUUUUGAGUUUCAAUGGUUCUAGUUUUGAUCAGUGUCAAACCACAGCCGUCACCACCUGCAGUGGCACAGCAAGAGAUACCAUUGGCUCCCCAAGUUGACAACCAAGAUUUCCUGCCAAGGGAACCACCUGAAAAUGGCCACCUUUUGUAGCAGAUGUUCACACGCUCACUCACGCACCUGAACUCUGAGCUACAAAAGUGUUUUCAUUCCUUAGGGUUCCCCCACUCUGAGGAGCCCAGAGAGACUGCUGUUAGAACCUGAACCCCACACUUGUUCUUAUCGGAUGCAAUAAAUGUCAGGGGUAGUGUCAAGCUAACACUCACUGCCGUGCCAAGCUGGGCUGCCUCCCGGCGGAAUUCAGAAUCACCGCACUGCAGCCAGGGCCUUUGUGCCAGGCCUGGUGACUCUGCAUUCCACACUGCCGCCUGCCACAGGUUCUGCCGUCUUCCACACCACACUGACACGCAAGUGUCAGCCCUUUUAGGGGGUCCCUCUCCCUGCCUGCCCAUUUUGCUGAUGCCCUCAUUGCACAUGAGGCACCACAGUUGCUACAUGUUACCACAGCCAGUUAAUUCUGCUGUAAUAUCUUUCCGUACUUUACAACGGAGCUCUCAUUCUGAUGCUUGCUAUGGUAUCAUAGAAUACUUCUUAUCCAAAUACCAUCUGUCAUCACAGGUGUUUGAAGAGAUAUCAGUUUUUUGUCUUUCUUUGUUCUUUUUUUCUUUAAGUCACAAUUUGAAAAGAGGUCAUUAUUAACAAAGCAACCUGGAGCGCUGAAAGAUGUCUUCCGAGUUUGUGACUUACAACGUCAUCACAGCACUUCGUAACCACACUGUCACAACAUCAUAUGCCAAGAAGGUCGCAAUGAGAAUGUAAUGUGUUAAUGUGAGGUCUGAGUUUGAUCAGAGAUGGUUAUCUAAUCAAAGUUACCUUUGAUAGGAGAUGUUUCUGGUGUACAGGGAUAAUUCAUCAUGGAGUGUGCCAGUGUAAGAAGAUGUGUUGACUGUUUAAGCACAAUGUAUUAUUUCAGUAUAUUGUUGUGUAUGUGCUGCGGCUUAUUACAUUGACCAUAUAGCCAUAUCCACCCCAAACAUAGUUCUACCAAGGUUGUGUCUGGAUGCAAAUUAAUAUUAUAGUGCUUUGAUUUUGCACGCAUAUAGUACAUGUACAUAUACACAAAUGCACACACACACACACACACACAAACACACAUCCUAAAUGAAACCCAGGGGUGUGAAAUAUAAAUUAAAAUGAAUGAAUGUUGAAUAAAACCUAGAAAAAACUUAUAAGAAAGAAGGUUAGUAUGCAGCACACUCAGCCAUCCACACCAUCCGUACCCUGGCCACCUGCUUCUCUGUAGUGCAGUGUAUGCUGGGACAGCGGAGGACCUAGCGCCUAGUUCUGUUCAGCUGUGUGUAAACAUGCAUGCGCUUAAUGCAGUAUUUCUCUGUGUGGGUCCUCUGGGACCCUCACAGGCCGU